UUCAGCGCAAACUCUGUGAUAUAUACCGCCGCUGCUGAGGGUCCUCUUCAGGUCGUCUAAUAGCGCCGACUAGUCAGCUUUUAAAUGACAUUUUCUUUUUCAGUUUUGGACCUGGUGAGACCUAAAGAUGCGGGGAUUUACCAUUUUAUUCCUCUGUUGUUUCGUGGCUCAGGUGGCAUCACAUCAAAUUACAGUAAAGUGUAAUGAAUAUUAUGAUUUCCCCCCAACAAGCUCUACCCCCCCAUCAAAGCCUGUAGGCUUGACAGCGGAGCAGGUGACAGAAGGAGGAAUUACCAUGCUUAAAAUAAGCUGGGCCAUCAGCAUUGAUGCUAGUAUAAAAUACUUGACAGGUAUUUGGAUCGAUAUUACAGAUAUGUCCACCUACGUCUGUGAAUACAUCCCUCCUUUGGCAAAAGCUAACCUCACCGGGUUAGAGCAGGAAUGGUUUCAUUAUUUAGUGCCGGUAAGCCCUGAAUACUACUACAUAUCAGCUCUCAAUCUUCCAUAUCCUCCACCUGGGAUUGACCCUGUUACCAUUACAACCAGUAUAGAUGUCCAAGACAACCAAGAUAAGGAUCCAAGAAAUGUCACACCAAUGUCUCGUCAAGCAGCAACGGGUCUUCCUUCUUCAGUUAAGAUCACCCCUGAGCCCGCUUCUUCCUGCCUGACAAUGAAAGAUGUCACAGUUAUGGUCAUUGGAGUACUGGCUGCUUUGAUGAUCCUGAGUUCCAGCUAUAUAAUAUAUAAAAUGUGGGGACCUAACACUGCCUCAUCUUUGGAUCUCAAAAACCUGUCUGUCAAUCCCAUGGCUGCGGUCCCUGUGCUUGUGGUUUACCCUGCUGUGAAUUCAGCCUUCCAGGGAGCAGUGGUGGCACUGGCAGAGUUCCUGCAGCUGCACUGUGGCUGUAGAGUUGCGAUUGACAUGUGGCAACAGGAAAAGAUCGCAGAGUUGGGGCCAAUGCGAUGGCUUGCAGAGCAAGCAAAGAUGGUAGACCAUGUGCUCAUUGUCUCCCCACAGGCAAAGACUCCCUCUUCCCAACUCAGCCAUUCUCUCAGCCACAGCAUCCCUGAGCUGUCCAUCCCAGCUGCAGCUCAUGACCUUUACCCUCUGAUCCUCAACAUGGUGGCAAGCCAGGCAAAGAAUGCCAAGGAGUUGGCCAAGUUCUGGGUGGUGCAGCUGAGUGAGAAGAAGGAUGGUUGUUUAUUGCCACUGGAACUGAGGGCUUGCAAGACAUUUUGUUUGAUGAAAGAUUUGAACAAACUUUGCAGGUGUCUUCAUGCUCAGAGACAUAGUAAGAAGAAACUGUCAGACGUGAUAUUCAGACCAGGAGUUUUCUACAGUAAAAAGAGCACACUGAAGUUAAGGGAAGCUACAGAAAAAUCAAGGGGAAUUAAGCCAGGUAUAUCCAUGGAGACAGAGCCAUUGAAGUCUGAUGUUUCUAUUUCUGUCAAUAUUUUGCCUUGAUAUUUAGUUUAUGGUAACUUCCUUUGGAAAACAAAUGUAGGCAAAUUUGUGAAGAAUAGCAAACAUGACAUGCUCUGUUGGUGUUUUUACUACUGUCAUCAUCAUCAUGGAACGAUUGCAAAUAUGACCUAAAUGACUUCUGUUUCCUUUUUAUAAUUAAACAUCUUAACAACU